GAAAACUAGUUGACUUUAGACUAUAUUUACCCAGAGUUUUGAAAAAAAAGUUUCGACGAAGAAUCUAAAUUCUCCUAACCAUGCUCACUGACCUACGGACUAGGUUCAAAGUACUACUUUCGGUAACCUUGAAUGUUCGAAGCAACUAAGCUAUAAAAAAUAUCAAUUAACAAAUUUCAUCAUUUAAAAGGUGGGACUGACUUUGAUCGCAGAAAGGAGCUUUUACUGCAAAAGGUUCAAAUCAUGGCACCUUGUGAUUCCAAAGAAACCACUCAACAAGAGAACCAGGCUUCCACUCCUGGCAAAAAUGACCAACAGCCAGAGAAAAAGCCAUUCAAACGACAGAUUUUCUGGACUAACGUCGCAUUCAUGAUUUCCCUGCACUCGAUGGCACUCUAUGGCAUUGUUCUCUUUCCAAGACUUAAAAUCCUGACGAUGUUGUGGGUGAUUAUGUGUCAUACUAUGGGCAUUUUAGGCAUCACUAUGGGAGCUCAUAGACUAUGGUCUCAUCGUUCCUACAAGGCUAAGUGGCCACUUAGAUUGAUUCUCGUGAUAUUUACUAGUAUUGCUGCACAGAAUGACAUCUUUCAGUGGUGCCGAGAUCACCGUGUCCAUCACAAAUGCUCUGAGACUGACGGCGACCCGCACAAUGCUAAAAGAGGGUUGUUUUUUUCACAUAUUGGCUGGUUGCUUCAACGAAAGCAUCCUGAUGUCAUCACCAAAGGAAAACGAAUUGAUUUGAGUGAUCUAUAUGCUGAUGAAAUGGUCAUGUUUCAAAGAAGACAUUACAGAUUAAUAUCGCUGAUAGCAUGUGUGGUAAUCCCUACAAUUGUACCCUACCUUUGGAGGGAGAGUCUAUGGCUGUCCUACUUCACUGCUUUUGCUUUAAGAUACGUCUUCACUCUCAACGUCACGUUUUGCGUCAAUAGCUUUGCUCAUAUGUUUGGCAACAAACCCUAUGACGUCAACAUCAAUCCUUCCGAAAACAUGUUGGUAAGCGCAUUAACUAACGGUGAAGGUUUCCACAACUAUCAUCACACAUUCCCACAGGAUUACGCAACCAGUGAGUUUGGUACAAAAGGAAAUUUUACCACACGAGUGAUCAAUUUUUGUGCUCGAAUUGGCUGGGUGUACGACAUGAAGGUCACACCAAGAGAGGUCAUAGUAAAGAGAAUGAUGAGGACUGGAGAGCUAAGGCACACUAAAUCAGACUGACCAGAACAAUAACUUCUGUUCUUAGGUAAAAAACUAAGUAAAAUUUAAAUAUUUUGCUUGUCCAAAUUAUCAUGAAAAAUCUUUAUUGAUUCUAGUAACUUUUUGUAAUUUUUUUCCCAUUUCAAAAUGUGUGUCAUUCCCAAGAGUAUCAUU